AUGAACACCACCCCCAAUAGAUGCAAAACUUGUUUCCAAAUCGUUUCCCUUAGAAUCAACAAGCUUGAUGAUCAUUGUUUCUCCUUCAAAUUGAGGCGUUUCCUUCGUAUCUCCUAUGCAUUAGUUUCAAGGCGUUGGAUUUCCAAUGGCUCCAGCUGCCACACCCUGUUUGAACCAUAUACACUCACUGAAGCUUUUGAUCACUUCGAUCAUCUUCUACGAGGUUGCACCAACUCCAGACAAUUCAAACAAGUACAUGCUCAAAUCGUGCUAUUGGGUGGCUUGUCAACCGCGUUCUUGUCCUCUACGCUCGUAUCUGUCUAUGGAAGAUUCGAACGUCUCUGUGAUGCUCGAAGAGUUUUUGAAGCUGUCCCAACUGAAUGCCUUUUCAGCAACACAAUUAUUUGGAAUUCGAUGUUAAGAGCUAAUGUCAUGAAUGGCCAUUGUCGAGAAACCCUUGAGGUUUAUACCCGCAUGAGGCAUCUUGGCGUUUUAGCUGAUGAGUUUAGUUUCCCUUUGGUAGUGAGAUCUUGCGCUAAGAUGGGCAAUCGAUAUUCAUGUGCUUUAGUUCAUUGCCAUGCUUUACUAACGGGAUUCCAAGAUAACCCUCACGUUGCAAAUGAAUUGUUGGCCGCUUAUGGCAGACUUGGUCAAAUGCCCCUUGCACACCAACUGUUCGACAAAAUGCUUGUCAGAAAACACAUCUCUUGGAACACUAUGGUUUCUGGCUUUGCUUUCAACAAUAACUCCAAUGCAGCUCUCGAGAUCUUUAAAAGGAUGGAACUUGAUGGAUGGGAGACUGACCUUGUGACAUGA